AUGAGAAAGGCGGACGACGAAGCGAGGGGCAAGGGAUCUGCAAUUGAGGAAAGUCUCUGGAAGACGCCACCUUCUUCAACGCUUGGCAACGGGCUCCCUCAUCGCACAGAGCUUAUCCACGAUCACAUUGGCCCUAGAUCUCCCGAGCCUUCUAGACUGCAAAGACUCCCCGAUGAAUUGUUGCUGAUGAUAAUCUCCUACCUCUCACACGGGGAUAGCGAGAGCGGCCUUGCUUUCUUUGCCUUGCAGCAGGUCACUAGAAGGUUCCGGCGCCUGAUGCAAGGCGCUGAGUUCCAACAGCACUAUUUCUCAACCCACCUCUGCUGCCAGUGGUGCUCUGGAGGUUAUGAAGAUUAUUCGAAUUCCUCAAGAGAUCCAUGGCGGGUACGUCAUUGCUUUGAGUACAGCUUACCAUUCCCGUGGUUGAAGGCUGAGGUUGGGAAGCUGAUUAGAAGGGACUACGCGUGCAAAAGCUGCCGGAAGUGGAGAAACUCGAGGACCAAUUCUGUCACUUGCAAAUUCCAAGCGCUUGACUCCUACACAUGGUCAUGGUCGAAGUGCGACCCCUGUGGCGUUGAGCAUCCUAACGCGUGUUUUAACAGAUGGCAACUCGCAAUGCCCAAGGGAGUCUGCAUUGGGAGGCAAGGCCAUAUCCGAUUGUGCAGUCACAAGACACUAACCUAUGACGAUAUAAAAGGCCGUAUCGACGGCGGACAGCAUGGCGAAGACCGGAUAUUUCUGGGGAGCUGCGAUCACGAGGAUCACUCUAGACCUUGCGUUGAAGGCCAAGGUCCCCAAGCGUUUGCUACAAAGCUUCCGGGGGGGAUGACUGUGAUUAUCAUCUUUUGGAGAGGGCAUUCUGGCGGCGACCAAUUCGUCUUUCAUCCGAGUGGAUAUUUGUACAAGACAAAGCUAAAGGACGUCAUUCAGAACAUCCGGCUACAAGGAGGCUGUCAUAUGACACCACAACGAGGAUUAAACGCUAUGGCCGAAUGGGAUUCUAUCGUGGAAAUCGACGGAUCAGAGUCUAUCUCACCAGAGUUGAUCAAGCUUCGAGGUGGUUGGGCAUCCGAGGACCCAGGUCGCCCGCACACCUGCAGCCCAUUCCGUACCUUGAAGGUGGCUUGCGGUCAUUGUGAGAAGGGGGUCACCGUUCUGAUUACGGAUAGCCUGUCGCUUAGUGUUGAAGCUUUUGUCAACCAACCCUGGCCCGUGAACAUAAUAACAGAACAUUGGCUUUAUUGCAUAAAUCUGGAUGUAGAACCCCACUCUAGUCUACCGCUGAAGCAAGAUAAUAAUUACAGUUCAAGAAAGAUGGACAUGAGCGUACAAGAUACGAAGUUGGUGGAGCAACUAUUCCUCGAUCUCCCAAUUAGCGAAGUCCUCCAUCCAACCGAGGGAACUCCUGUCUUCGAGCCCUGGGCAAGCUCAUAUGUGAAAUCAAUUCGCGAGUCAAGAUUUGGCGACGCAAUCUGGGCGCGAUAUCAAAUGCUUGGGCAGGUAGUUGAUGGGUUGUGCAGAGGGAAGACCAUUGUUGAGAGGAUCACUGAAGAUGCGAUGGGUUACAAAAAAUACUCAUCCGAGUUCUACGCUGAAGCUGUCGCUUUUUACAGGGCUAACAACAGCAGCUCCGAUGGCCAUCCUGAGGUAAUUGAGAUUAUCUUGCGGGUCGACACCGAAGACCUUACUGGGAAGCAUAUCCCCGAGGACGGCUGA